AUGUGGAUCAAUGAAUACGUUAUUAGGCACUAUCGGCCAACAAAUAUGAGCAAUAAAAUGUGUGCUAAAAGCAUCUUCCACUGGACUAACGAGACAAUCAACAUUUGGAGCCAUUUGCUAGGUUUCAUCUACUUCACCUACUGUCAGUACGAGAUGAACGCCUAUCGUAUACCGUUGAUGGGCGGUCAUUUUCAAGAUCAUCUCGUCAUAUCGCUCUCGAUAUUUGGAGCUCAGGUUGUGCCACUCAAUAUACUCUGA